UGAAGCCGGCGGCCCUGGCACGUGAUCUGGGACCGGCUCAGUAGCUUGGUGGUUCCGUCGGUCUGUCCAUCCGUCCGCGGGUGCCAUCAUGGCGGACGCGGCCAGUCAUAUGCUCCUGGGCUCCGGUAUCACCAUCCUGUCCCAGCCGUUCAUGUACGUGAAGGUGCUCAUCCAGGUGGGGUAUGAGCCUCUUCCUCCAACAAUAGGACGAAAUAUUUUUGGGCGGCAAGUAUGUCAGCUUCCUGGUCUCUUUUCUUAUGCACAACACAUUGCGAGCAUCGAUGGGAAGCGUGGGUUGUUCACAGGCUUAACUCCACGACUGUGUUCAGGAAUCCUUGGAACUGUGGUCCAUGGUAAAGUUUUGCAGCAUUACCAGGACUCUGAGAAGCUUGAGGAGUUAGGAUCUGGAAAUGUACAGAGAGACGGCUCAUCUUCCUUUGACCGAGUUAUCAAGGAGACAACACGAGAGAUGAUGGCUCGUUCUGCUGCUACCCUGGUCACACAUCCCUUCCAAGUGAUUGCUCUGAGAUCGAUGGUACAGUUCAUUGGCAGAGAAUCCAAAUAUUGCGGACUUUGUGACUCCAUAGUAACCAUCUAUCGAGAAGAGGGCGUACUCGGAUUUUUUGCGGGUCUUAUUCCUCGCCUCCUAGGGGACAUCAUUUCCUUGUGGCUCUGUAACUCACUGGCCUACCUCGUCAAUACCUAUGCACUGGACAGUGGGGUUUCCACCAUGAGUGAAAUGAAGAGUUAUUCCCAAGCUGUCACAGGAUUUUUUGCCAGCAUGUUGACCUAUCCUUUUGUGCUUGUGUCUAAUCUUAUGGCUGUCAACAACUGUGGCCUUGCAGGUGGAUCCCCUCCUUACUCCCCUGUAUAUACUUCUUGGAUAGAUUGUUGGUGCAUACUACAGAAAGAGGGAAAUAUGAGCCGAGGAAAUAGCUUGUUUUUCCGGAAGGUCCCCUUUGGGAAGACUUAUUGUUGUGACCUGAGAAUGUUAAUUUGAAGAUGUGGGGCAGGGACAGUGACAUUUCUGUAGUCCCAGAUGCACAGAAUUAUGGGAGAGAAUGUUGAUUUCUAUACAGUGUGGCGCGCUUUUUUAAUAAUCAUUUAAUCUUGGGAAAAUGGAGGUGUUUGGUGUCUGCCUUUUUUGUUCUUUUUCCCACGCAGAGAAUUUACCACUGAGAUUCCCCCCUGUAGUUAUUCUGAAGCAUGACCUUUUUGCUUCAGACUCUUAAACAGAAAAAAAAAAAGUUUCAUUUCCCUAAGUGGUACAGGCAAAGUUGUCAUGUGAUUUUAGUUUCAAUUUAAGAUUUUGAAAAAUGAAGAGUAGAAACCCAAGAAGAAAUAGAAAUAAUUCUGUAAAACCUAAGAAAACUAAUAAGGCAAACUACUUAAGAGGUUAUGAGUUCCCAUGUCUUGAGCAGACCCUAGAAAGAGUCGAUGCUCCCACGGAGUCUGCCUCGUGUUAGAUGCUCCCAUUUGAUUACCCCUGUCUCUUCUACUUCAAGAAGGGACAAGAAUAGAGAAUGCACAAGGUUUGGAAAGUAUGAUGAUUUUUUUUUCCAAAAGAAGUUCUUGUUUUCAUAUCAAAUAUGAAAAGUAAAUACUACAGUAGUUGCCCCUUUCUCUCAGAGCUAUGUCUUUGCCAGUCCCUGAAUUACAUCAUUACACAGUUCUGAUUGUAUAUAAUUGUUUUCUCUAGCUUUUUGUUUUUGUUUUCUUUUUGUUGUCACGGAAGGUAAGUAGUUUGUUUUUUAUCCUAAUAACACCCUUGGAAAGUUUUUGUAACCUCUUUUCUGGUACCGGGGACUGACGUCCACAGGGUCGUUAGGCUGUGGACCACCUUGCAUGUCAUACCCUCAGCUGGCACGUUAACAAACCUUUAUGGGAGGAAAAAAUAACUGUAGAAGGAAAUAAAAUUCACCUCAAGCCUAAAGUUGUUAUUUACUCAGGCCUUUUAAAAGCUGGUUCAAGUGCUGUAAAAUGAGAAGACGUGGUUUCACGUAUUUAAAUAAUCCCCUGGGACAUUGCCAAACGAGUAAGCACUUAAUUUGCUGCUUGUCAGACUCCUUAAAGCAGCAGCAUUCAUAAUACUGGGGGAGAGUGAGCAUGCAGGGGUCCCCUCCCUCCCCCUGGGCUCAGGAAUGCAGCCUGAAGCUCCAGUAGCUCAGCUUGAAAUGUCUCUGAUAUCUCUUACUUUGUCUCAAAAAGUAAUGUAAAAUUUUGUAUUCUAUUCAAUAUUACCGGCAUUUGUUUUAAUAUAAAAAUGUUUUGCAUUACCUACUUUUUUUCCCAAAAAAAUCUUCAAGUAAAGAUGACCUAGGAAAAUGUGCCAUGUUUAUGCUGUGGCUUCUGUACACAUAUACGCCUGCCUGUCCCUGGUUGAGAAGUGUGUCUGACUGUAAUACCUAGUCUACCACCAGGGGGCACCCAGGUCUUGGUUUUCCCCUUGUGUUAGUGGAGCAAGUCACCAAGGCCUGGGAUUGCUCAAAGUACUAGUCCAGUCAUUUUUUUCCAAGUUGUUAUACCUCAUGGGAGUAACAUUCAAUAGCACGUGUUAUUUUAAUCUUACUGCAUCCAAGCUUUAGAUCCAAUAGGAGCCCAAUACCUAUGGUCCUCUGUAAAAUUUAGUUAUAGGCUAUUAACGUAAUCAAAAGUCUGAAGUUUAUUCAAAAACAAAUUCAGAACUGAAGCCACUCCCAAAGUCCACCUUUCAGCCAAAAAAUUACACCUAUAAAACAAACAGAGCCCUGGUGGCGCAGUGGUUAAGUAUUCAGCUGCUAACCAAAAAGUUGGCAGUUUGAAUCUCAACUGCUCCUUGGAAACCCUAUGGGGCAGUUGUUUAGGGUUGCUAUGAGUCAGAAUCAACUCGACAGCAAUGGGUUUUAUAAAACAAUAACACAUGAGGAAUGUGUUUCUUAGUUCAAGUGUAUGAGACCAAAUGGGCAACACCUACCCAAGAGCAAAGAUGAAAGGGCAGGAAGGGACUGGAAAACUGGAUAAAUGGACACAGGAAAUCCAGGAUGGAAUGGGGGAGAAUGGUGACACAUGGCAGGGAUUGCAACCAGUGUCACAAAACAAUUCAUAUAUAAGUUUUUUAAUGAGAAACGAAUUUGCACUGUAAACUUCCACCUAAAGUACAAUAAAAAAAAAAAAAAAAAGCCCACUAAAAA